UCAAUUAGCCGAUUCUCAGUCAUCAACUCCAUCACAACAAAGCAAGACCAACAGCACUUCAGUCCUAGGAACUCCGAAGGAGACAUGGCUUUUUAAUUCAGUUGAUUCGUCGAUCCCAGAGAAACGCCGUGCUUUGCUCUUGCAACGCACUUCAAACCCAAAACAUUUAAGCAAGAAUGGAGUUUCAUAAUGCACACCAAGCCCUGUUUUCUGUGGCUCAACUCUCGAACUUCACUGUGGUGCACUCUAAGCUCGGACAUUUGAAUCGCAGGAUCAACGGACAGGAUGAUGACAAUGUCAGCACCCAUUUGGAAGACUCUACUCGUCUGCCCGGCAGACCCCCUCACUCUCUCUCACCCACAGGCUAACCACAGCCAAUCGGAGGGGCGCAGAGGGGAGGGGCCAGAGGAGAGCCAGCACUUAAUUGGUGAUGGUCUUAGUGACUGGAUGACGGAAGAAGUAGAUUUCUCCUCGUACCUCCCAACCUCUCACGCCUCUCCCUCCCCCAAUGCAUCCCUUCCCCCCUCGCCCCUCCAGCAUGACAUCCAGGUGCCCUCAGAUUUGGAGGUCAUGACCUCUCUGCUGCAAGAGGAGCUUGCUCAGCUGGAGGACUACUUCCUGUCUGACCCACUCCCAGAGAAAGCCUCCAAACUGGGCAAAUGCGACAAGGAUCCAACGCCAGUUGGUCCACCAUCGUACUACCAGUUGCCGUACACAUCAUAUUCUACUUCCAACCAAUCAGAAUCCAGCCCUCUACUUGUUACCCUGGCAACUGGGGAACUUGACUUGCUGAGCUUUUGUGGGGGUCCCAUUGGCCGCUCCAAGAUUCCCAGACAUGCCCCCUACAGUUGCAGCCGACCCAACACCAACGUCUGCAGCCGCAAGCGAGUUCCCGAUGUCGCGCGGGUGGGCGACACCUUCGAGGGUAGCAUCUGGAGUUCCAAAGGAAAUUCCUCAGGUAACUCAGCUGUUGCAACUGGUGGUAGCUACAGCUGUGCAGAAGAUGAACGGGUGGUUGGCAAAGGCUACUGCCUGGGCAGCGCGGUGGAGAUCCGAAGGUGUUCCAUUUUACCCAAAGAGGAGAGGAACUGCCGCUACACAGAAGAGGCCAUUGGCUCGAGUAAGGUUGUCGACGGUGGGUACAGUUUCAGUGGACCCGUUCAAGUUCCCAACAAGAAAGACGAAAUGAUGAUGUAUGGAGUCAGAGAAGUCAAUUUAAAUGGCAUUGCAGGAAGCACAGAAAUGGAGAUGAUGAGUGAUGCAAAGACCACCGCAAGUGACGUGAAGGCCAGCAUGCCCUGGAAGACGGAACCCAACGAAAGCUGUUUCCUCCAAAGCACACCCCAAGAAGAGGCCUACCACAGCUUUCUGGGGGCCAUCAGUGAACCGGUUAAACCGGAAAGCACAGAGCUUCAUCGUCAACAUAACAACUUUCAAUGUGGCUUUCUUGAAGGCCAAGGCCCCGACUGCUUGAGUCCUGACCACCACGGGUCUGAAAUGGGCUCCCCGUGUGCCAGAGGAGUUGACCCCUGCAUUGUGAAACCAGAGCUUGAGGUGCCACUUAUCGAAGGGAACCGCGGUGAACGCAAACAGAAGAAGAGAGAUCAGAACAAGACGGCAGCUCACAGAUAUCGUCAAAGGAAGCGGGCGGAGUUGGACUCACUGGAAGAACAGCUUCAUGGUCUGGAGGGCAGAAACCGCGAGCUACGAGACAAGGCAGAAUCAGUGGAACGAGAGAUCCAAUAUGUGAAAGACCUCCUGAUUGAGGUGUACAAGGCCCGCAGCCAACGCCUUAAACAGGAAGCCAGCGGCUGACCAAAAGCUUGACCACCUGACAAUGGUCCUGCAAGUAGAAUUGUUAGCAGUCUGCAAGGCAAUGAAAUUUGAGUUGGAAUGUUUUCGGACUGAAUGUGUUCUUUCUUAGAAUGUGGUGGUGGAGGUUGUACUAUUGCACGCUAUUCGAUCAUUCAAUUUUCGUUACAAACUGACAAAGUCCAUCCACAGCUGCAGCAUAGACAUCCGCUUUAAAAAAAAAAACAGCUCCAGAUCGGUCAAUAUGCACUGUGAUUAGGUCUCGACUGCAAUGACAGCCGUUUGUUUAUUAAGUGUCUAAACGGGUCAUCUUCUUGUUUCCAUAAAUGAGCUUUAACAACAGAGCAUUCAGGAACAACAUAUAUUAACAUCGGAUUAUCAUUUAUUUAGUAAAGGCUGCAAGGGAAUAUCACAAGUUUAGCAUAUGACCUCCACUUAUCUUAAUUUAUUGUUUUAUUUAUUUUUAAUGAUUAUUUGUAAUUUAUUGUACUAAUAAAAAUAAUAGUGUACAAUAGAAAAGUACAAUAUUUGUAGUUCCUACUAUCGUUACUCUUCCAUAUAUUAAAAAGAAAUGAGCACUGAUAUUGAAAGCAAUCUGUUUGUUAUAUAUAUAUAUUGAGUUUCAGGGGAAGCGCUUCUCAAAAUGAAUUUCCCUCAGGAAUAACUAACCUGAUCAUGUGUUUUUAAAUGCCCAAUUUAGAUUUAGAGUUCUGCAGCUCAGGUAUACAAUUUAUGUCCAAAGUCAUGGAGGUAUGUCAGUUUGUAACUCGAUGCUGAAGAUAUGGCACUGCCUAAUGUUAUGUGUGUUGGUUUUCUGUACUUUUGUUCUUGCAUGCUGAAGAUUUCAUGGCUCUUGAAAAAAAAUUGUUUUUGUCUGAAAGACAUGUCGAACAUUUCUGCAAAAGUCUUUCUUGCUUAAGAAGUCCUGUUUUAUAUUCUCUUGGCUAACACAUUUCAUUAUAGAUGAAUGAGUGGAAUUUGAUUCACAAACUGCUGUUUGGCCCAAUGUCUCUGCUGUUAUUGCGACAACAAUCAGGGUUUGUGAUUUUAUAAAGCUUGUUUGCUCUUAAUGUACUGGUGUGUGUUUGGGGACAGCAAAGAAAUCUUUUUAGUGAUCCAGCUUUUUUAUAAUCACUGGAAUGAUUGUGGUGGCUUUAGAUUAUUUUACAAUUGCAGACUCCCAGCUUCUUAGCAAUAUUUCAUCAACGAUGUAAAUUAUUUAAGUUAAGAUUUUUGUAAUUAUGAUCAUGCACAAUCCUUGACAAAUGUUAUGAUUUUCAUGUUUACAAUUUAGUCAUUUUCAGAAGUGUAUCCUGGCAGCUUGUGUAGUCACUCUGAUUUUCUACUUCCCUCCAAUAGGGUAGGCUACAUGUAUAGAACAAUUACAAGAACAAACAAAUACGCAACAAAUCUGGCCUUUUCUUUCUUUAUGGUAUUUUUCCAAAAGUGUCUGUGUACCUUAAAACGUAGCAAUAUUUCAAACAUAAUUUAAUUCCUCUAAAUAAACUUGCUAGAUAAUAACAGAGCUUACGACAUCCAUUUCUAUUCUUUCCUUAUGGCGUUAUACAAUCAUGUUAAUGAAUUAUAGCUUAUUAUUCGCUGUGUUGUACGGUCAUUUUGUGAAGUUGAGAUAUACUUUUUUUAACCCUGAAUUGAGGCACACGAUUUUCAAGUUUACACCAGCUAUAAUACCAAGACAAGUAAUUUUGUACGAGGCAUUUCGAUGUAUCGUCUUCGAUUAAUUACCUUGUGUUUUCCUGUACUUCAUUGGGUCAAAUAAAGUGAUUUGUGUCAGCAGCAGUGCAUGUCGGCGAU